UUUUCGAAAAGCACCGCAAAUGCUGGCCAAAGUUGAAGCCUUCACACGUAAAGUUAUCAUGCUACAGUGGAAGGUUGCCGGUGAUGGGUGAACUGCAACUUUGUGUCAGAUACCGCGAUACUUCUGUUGACUGUUCCCUUGUGGUUCUAGACUGCCCCGGACCAAGCUUGUGCGGCCGAGACCUACUAAUCCUCCUGGAACAAGCUGGCGCUCCGGUAGUGAGAGUCGCACACGAAGACGAGGCGACGGCUAUUCCAGCGAAGCACCACAGCGUCAACGCCCUACGCCACACCUACGAGGAUGUUUUUUCGGAAACCUUGGGCUUGAUCAAAGGACCACCAGCCAGCCUCCUGCUGAAGGACGACGCGGUCCCCAAAUUCUGUCGAGAGUUCGUCCUGGUUACCGACCACCAGCCACUUCUGGGACUGCUGAGACCCGACCGCCAGACGCCUGCAAUGGCCGCAGCUCGCAUCCAACGGUGGGCCCUCUACCUUGGAGGUUACCGUUACAAGCUUGAAUAUGCCCCAUGAAGGCAGCUACUGAAUGCGGAUGCUCUGAGCAGACUGCCGCUGCGGUGCCAAGAUGCCGCCACGGAACCUGAACCCGAAGACUAUGUAUUUUCUUUGAAAUGCCUGGAUGAAGGGAUAGUCACAACGCGCGAGCUGAAGGAGCUGACAGCCAAUGACUCGAUCUUAUCCCGUGUAAAACAAAACGUGUUGAACGGUUGGCCGAAAGGUACAGUACGU